AUGGGCCGCCUCCCAUUACCCGGCUUCGUGGUGUUUGGUAUGGCAUUCGGCAGCAUGGCGCUGCUGAUGACGUCGGGCGUGCGGUGGGGCGUCAACCGCAAAACACGCACCAGCUUCAACGGGCAAGAAUACAUAGAAGACUCGAUGGCAGGCAACCAGACGCGAUACCGUGUGGUCACCAGCAGCGACGACACAGGCGGGGAGUCCUUCACAAUGGAACUGCUGAUCAGGGAGGGAGCCUACGGCGCCUCGCGAGGCCAGCCCGGCUCCCAGCCGGGCCACCUGCAUCUGUACCAGGAUGAGCAUGUUGAGGUCAAGCAGGGGCGCCUGGGUUACUGGCGGGGCCACGCCUCGCUGGCGGCGGAGGCUGGGGCCCAGGACGAUGGCAUCAUUAUACAGCAGGGCGAGGCGCACUCACUUUGGAAUGCGGGGGGCGAGGGGGGCGGGGACUUGCUGCUGGAGGUGACGUGGCGGCCGGCACGGCAAGGGGAGGCGCUGUACGAGACGCUUGCUGGCCUGGGGCAUGAGUAUGAGACCGCGCUGGCCGUCAGCCCCGUGCAGAAGCUGCUCACCUAUGCGCGCGGCGAGACCGUGCUGACCGGCAUGCCGGCCUGGGCGUGGCGUGCGGUCGAGGACUGGGUGGUCCCCUUGGCAGAGGGUAUUGGCUACAAGGCUUUCUACAAGCAGUACAGCACGCGAGCGGCGGCGCCCAAGGCGGAGGAGCUGCUGACAAGGCAGCACGGGCUCGAUGCGUCGUAA